CAUGAAGCCUGCAACCCGGGAACCGCGGCGAAAGCUCAACCGCGAAAACUUCGUAUCUAAGGUAAUUUCGCCGGCAAUCUGUGGGGAAACCUGCCCAAUUUGCCUCAGAGAAUUGCAGGAUUGUACCACCGCCGUGCUUACAUCUUGUAUCCACGCCUAUUGCGUAGAAUGCAUUCGCAAAUGGAGCACUUUGAAGCGGACUUGCCCUCUCUGCAACGCUCAAUUCGAGUCAUGGUUCUCCAAAAUCAAUUUCUCAUCAUCAAGCUUCCGCAAAGAACAUUUGCCAACCUUGAAUUGUGUCGAUAAGCUCAAUACUGGAGUCGGAUCCUCCCGGAUUGACAGUCGCAGGCUUCUUCAGAGAGCGAGGAACGAAUUAAAUAGAGUUAGACGGUCGGAAAUACCACUGACAUGGCGGCGAUCGUUUGGACGGCGAGGGUCAGAACCUGUACCAGCUGACGUUAUUGCCCAGCGAAAACUUCAAUGGCGAGCAAGCAUAUACAACCGACAUAUACAAGCUGUUCCAUCUUCGGUCAGAUGCGGUGCAGAACUGAACAUAUCAGGAAGUCAUGGAGCUAAAGAAGCAAUACUAGAGAAGAUUAAACCAUGGAUUCAGAGAGAGUUGCAAGCCAUCCUUGAGGACCCAGAUCCAACUAUAAUUGUUCAUCUGGUUACCUCACUAUUUGUCUCGAGACUUGAAGCUCCUUCCUCGCAGCUUAAUCCCGAGGAUGACUUUCUUUUGGCGCUGCAUCCCUUCCUUUAUGAAAAAACUGACUUGUUUUGGCAUGAAUUAAGAUGUUUUGCAGGAAGUUCGUUACGCAUGGAAGAGUAUGAUUCAGUGGUUGAAUAUAGAACCGUGGAUUAAUUGAAGAGAAGAUUCUGUUUGAAGAAAUAUUUUGUACUCAGUACUCUCUCCUGUUGGUUGCUGUUUAUUUAUGAAAUGAAUUGACAUUAAUAUUAAGAAAAUGUUUUAGCUAGGAAGGGGUGAGAGUCGCGGCUGGGAUGCAAUUUUCUAUUCUUACACCGAACUGGAUGAAAGAACCACGUUGUAAGACUAAGACAUCUCUGCUGCUGCUGAGGAUUUUAAAGACGGUAUUCAAGGUAUCCAGGUCGGAUGUGUUAGUUUGACAUGUCUAUCUAGGAUGGAGGUGUUAGUUAACGCGUCACUACCCGCACGUCGGGUAACAUUAGUGACUAAAUAGUCUCCAUUCGAACUACAAUUCAUUGGAGGAAGAAGAGAAGAUUCUGUUUGUGUUUUGUAUUGAUUCCUCUAUGCUUGUGGAGUGGUUUUUCUAACGACAGACAGAUUGGAGUUGUUGCUCCAACCUCGACCGAGUCGUUUUUUGUAGCAUGAAGUUGAAGAAAGGAACUUGAAGACUGACUGGUUUGAAGGUAGGGUUUUGAUGGAUGGAUCAUCCCUGUGGAAUAACCCAAGAGUGUUGAAAUUGGCUCAUUGCUUGCUAGUAAAAAUUUAGGGUUUGUUAUUUUACUUAUGAUUUCAAUAAGUUCAUGUUGAGAAAUUUGUGUUUGUGUCAGUUCAAAACUGAUUUGUUUACAUUGAAUUUAUGUAGCCUGUGUUUGAUAUUU